AAUAUGUUAACGAUAACAUCACAACAGCCAAUCACCCCGAAUUUCAUUCAUCUCAAUAACAAUCAUUAAUAUCACCAGCAUUACUAUCAACAAAUAUUAAUUACCAUCCCCCCAAUUAACAUCAAUAACGAGAGCCAAUCACUCCUAAUUAACAUAAUUCAUACAGAGCCCAGAGUUCAUUAAAUAACCAAUAAUCCCUCAUUAAUAAAGGGGCUACAAUUAAUAACCUCUAAUAUAAUCAAUAUACGAUACUUAGGAAACAGUCAUUCAAAAGCCAACACUCUGGAAAACCCCAUAAUUAACGCAGAGCCAUUAAUUAGCUCCUUCUGAAUAAUAAGAGAAUUGACGAGAGGCCAUGAUUAAAGCACCCAUAAAUAUUAAAUACUGCCCCAAAGGCCCAUGGUAACAGAUAAAUAACCAAUCAAAAGGCAACCAAGAGCCAAACAAUAAGUGAACAAUGCGAAAUAAGUAGUAAAUACCCACAAUAUUUCAUUGUAAAGACAUAACCCACGAAACAGGCCUCAUUAAAUACAUGAUGAUAUUCAUAAAUAACCACAAGACAUAAUAAAAUAAUACACAAAGGAGGAACGGCCACUAAUGGCCAAUAAUAACGAAAGAACCACUGCCCAGAAUAGAGAUUUACCGAUUAUGAACAGCAUGGACUGGUUCCACUGCAAUCAGUGCUUCCGCCAAGAUGGUGCCAACUUCUGCAUCACCAGCUGUGGACACCUCUUCUGCAGGAAAUGCUUUGCUGCGGAGAUAUGCCCCAUUUGUGGAGUGACCUGCAAAUAUCUAUGUCUCGCCGAUAAUGUCCCCAAAAUGAUCUGUUCAUGUUGGCUCAAAAGCUCCAGUAGGAUCCUGGUGUAUUGGCCUCUGAACCCUUCAGGUAUCCCACUGUCCUCCCUGAAACCACCCCUGGAAACCUGAAAGCAGUGCAAAGGACUCUGGGAUGCAGGUCCAUGGUGCAGCAUGUGGCUUGAAGAUGAAACCCCAAGAAAAGAUCUUUUUCAAGAGCCCAGUGGAAACGGCCCUCAAAUAUCUGGCCCACAUCUCCCAGGUGUGGAGUUUCCAGCGGGCGCAGAGCGAGCGGCUUCUCUCGUUCUACAAGGACAGGGUGUCCCAGGCGGAGGGGUCCCUGCAGGAGACGCGCCAGAAACUUUCCACCCGCGACAGGGAGCUGGAGGCGCUGAGGCGGGAGAACGACGAGCUGAAGAAAUAUCUGAGCAUCCUCAAGGCCUCGCCCAGCCGAUGCCAGGGCAGCAGGGGCAGUACCCCCCGGCCGGUUGGCAUCACCUCCCCCUCACAGAGCGGUGCCCUGCGGCCCCGCACCCAGCUCUGCAGCCAGGUGGUCAGCCGCUCCUCCUCGCUGGAGUCCAUCCCCUAUCGCCUCUCCAGCACCCCCAGCUGGCCGCAGGCUCCAGGACCUGCCCAGACCCCCACUGGCUCCAGCAUCGCCACCCCGUCUCCCGCCUCCCCCCAGAGCCUGUCCUACUGGGCCUCCUCCUCCUCCACCCAGACCCCCGCACUGGGCACCUUCCCCUUGCGCCCCCCCGGGCGGGGGCCAGUGGAGGGCGAGGCCGGGCAGGGCCGGGGCCCCCCCACGCUGGCACUGGGCAUCUUCGCAGAUCUGAGAGAGGGGGGCACCCCUCGGGGGAGCCAAAGCGCAGAGAGACCAAGACCCAUACAGCUAAGAUUCACCCCCCAACUCACCCCCUCCCAGCAUGGCAGGGCCCCCAGUGCCAGCCAGGCCCCCCAACUGUAGCGUGUGGGGCACAGAAACUGCCCAGGCUCCCCAGCACCCGACGGACUCUGCCCCUGCAGUCCCCUGGGGACCGGAGCGGCUGUGCGAACAGCCGGGGGAGCCUCCCCACCCCAUCACAGCUGCC